UCAAUAUUUGUCAACAGCUAGGGUCGCCGGUUCCUCAACGAUUCAUCCUCAGUUUUAUUAUUAUUCCCACAAUACAGUUCUGUUUAUCUCGACAACAGAUACCAGAGGUAUCUUAUGGAGAGGCCUUGGAUAAUUGCGCAGUUCUCAGUGUAUUUUUAUCGAGUACAAGUCUAACAACUUUAUAUUCAUGUGAUUAGUCAACUGAGGCCAUCAUUCUCUCGACAUCUACUCUCAAUUCUUCAUGGUUGAGUUGCAACUGGAGCACAACGCAGUCGAUCUAUUCAUCCAUUCAGUAUAGAACACUUGUGAAUACAAUUCGUGAAUAAUAAAAAAAAACUCGAUAAAUAAAUACACGUGGUAGUGACUUUCAAAGGAGAGUUUUAAUAAAAAUAAAGUAUAAAAGUGAAGUGAAGUGAACGACAUGCUGGCGAGAUCGGGUGCACCGUUGGAAAAAAUAAUAGAGGAGAAUGUCAGCAAUUCUCCGAUGGGACGAGGACAGACCUAUGAUCAGGCUAUGAUCAUCUCUCCAGUGGCACAGAUAGCCCAGGAACUCAGCAAAUCGAGGCUCUCUGGGACCCCUACUAACGAUGGACUUCAUAGACUCGAUUACGUGGAGAUGUCCAGUGACUAUGCUGACAAAAAUGCUGAGUCACUCUUCAAAAAUGUAUUCAAAAUCAAAAGUACCCCGGAGGGUGCGGUGAAAUCUCGAGUGAGGGGUCGUCGGCUGCUUGGCAUGGCGUCGCGACGCCUCAACAGUCCCGAGUCGAGGUCACCAUUACAGUUGAUCAAUAAGGAGAAUGGAAGCCCACAUCAGUCAACGAGCCCACUGAAGAUGCCCAGUAUAAAAUCUCGCCUCCCCCUGGAGGACUGUGACCCAAACAGUCAGGACAGUGGCUAUGGUGCGAGCUUCACCGAUCGGGAGGACCUCUCAAAAUGUCCUUCGAGCUUCAGAUUCGCCGAGCCCCUGGGAGUUGCCCCUAAGAGGAUGUCUCUAGAUUCGCCAAUUCGUUCUUCACCCACUUCAAAACGGCCGUCGAAACUCCUCAUCAAGAAGCUCUCCUCAGGAUACGAGUCAACCGAAGAUGAAUUGAACGAUCUCCUGGACAUGGAUACCUUUAUGGAACCAACCUCGUACCCCAACGACCUCAACAAACUCCUCUCCGGGGACAUAAUCCCGACGAUGGAAUGCCUUGAAAAACCGAUGGACACAGACGCUGCCACAACUCCAGAGUUCGCAAGGACAAAACCUAUGGGGAUGAGACGAUCAAUUUCGAUAAAUAGCGAUAGACUCAUUUGCAGAACCCCUCCAAUGUCCCGAGUUCGAUCCUGCCUAUUUCGAUCUCCUAACGCCACCUCCUCAAUAUCUCGAUUGUCCUUUGAUGAGAACAGGAACUCACCCUAUUCCUCCCCAACGCACGUGAAAUCCUUUAAACGUCCAGAGCCUCCGACAGACUGCAGUCCCAUACUAGUCAAAAGAUGCAAGAAGAAUCAUCUGAGAGAGUCCGAGACUGAUACCUUCCCACCGACGCCGUUACAAACAUCUCCGUCGUCUCCAUCAACUCCAUCUCCCAAAUACUCGAGACAUAUUCUCCAGAGAAGUCAUUCUGAGACAGAUGCCCAUGCGCAUAUCAAGUCGGCUAUUCACCGGAGUACAACAGACUCUGAUCUAACUGGCGACUUUAGUAAGACGUGUAUUCUCCCUUUGGCUGAGGGCCAUCACGAGGAUCUGAAGUCCAUUUCUGCUGAGACAUUAUCUGGACUAAUUAAAGGAGAAUUUAGUGAGUCCGUGAGUUCGUUUACAAUCGUCGAUUGCAGAUAUCCGUAUGAGUACGAAGCUGGGCACAUCGAGGGAGCCUUGAACCUCUACACGAAAGAGCUGAUUGAAGAGUAUCUGAUGAAUCCAUUGACUCAAAUCCCUGAGAUUCAACCGGACAGCAACAAGCGCAACCUCAUCAUUUUUCACUGCGAAUUCUCCUGGGAGAGGGGUCCCAAUCUCUCUCGAUACCUCAGAAACAUUGAUAGAAAAAUGAACAAGGAGCAUUACCCGGCCCUGUAUUAUCCGGAGAUCUAUCUGCUUCAUGGGGGGUAUCAGCAGUUCUACCAGCACGAGAAGGCCCUCUGCAGUCCUCAAGGAUACAGGCCAAUGACUCAUCCAGAUCACGAGGCUGAUCUGAGAAAAUUUCGAAGCAAGAGCAAGAGCUGGCAGGGAGAGAAACAUCGCACUGCUGGAUUAUCUGCGAGGGCUAAUCUCAAGCGACUUGGAUUAUAGAUAUAUUUAGAGUAUCAGUUGUGAUGUGGUAAAACGUGGAUCUGUUUGUUUUUUUUUUUUUUUGUUUGACAAAUCAAUUAUCUGCACAAGCAACUCAAGAACUCACGAUAGAUUCAAUCAGCGGAGAAAAAAGUACUUUAAGGGGAGAGUUCUCGUAUAAAUAACAAAAAUUAUAGCUUCCAUACAAAUAGUAAGAGUAAAUUUGGAUAUUAGAUUAAAAUUUUUGAGUAAAUUGAUUUACCUCGAGAAAGUACUUUCUUGUGCGAUAAUACUUGUUUCACUCAUUUGGAAAAGCACAAAAAUCUCAAUUGAAAGUUUUAGUUCUCAAUUGGAAAAAUUUUCUGCUGUGUAUUACUAAGCUCAAGGUACACUCCUCAAAAAAUUGGUUUUCCCUCACUGUUAUUUUUUAUUUUUCUCCAUAUCCAGAGUUUGUUAAAAGAAACACGUUUUAUCGAUCCACAGCUGAAUUAGUUCGGGAUGGUAGCAUAUUUAUGAUGCUAACAUCAUAACAGUGCAAAAUAGUUACAUUAAUCUUUCGCCCCCCUUGUAAAUAUAGCGAAUAAUGGAAAAUGAAAUUAAGUUGAGAACACAUGAUCUAGUACAAUUGAACAAAAUGCGCUUAUUUCUGAAUAGUUGAUUAGCACAUGGACUUUUAUGAAUGUCUCAGAAUAGCAUUUAGAUUUUUUUCACUUGUAUAUAAGAGUUAUAUUCGGAGAACGAGAAAAUUGUACAAACGAGUAUUUUAAUUUAAAGGAAGGAGUUAAUACUGCAAUAGCCCGUAGCUGAGUCCUAGGAACGGCUGGGCCUAUCACAGGGCUGCUCGUAAUCGUGAACUCGUCCUCGUCGUACACAUAUAUUCUAAUGCUUCCAUAUGUAAAUUAGGGCGGGCAUCCCACUGUACAAAUUUGACAGCCGUUUACACAGAUUUAUAUCGAGUAGCCCUGUUAAUUUUUAGAAAUAAAGGCGAUACGUAUUUUUUAUAUCGCCUUAACAUUUACCGAAACAUCCAAGUGAAAUUAUAUCGUCUAUUGCUUGUCACAGAAAUCAUCUUCCCGACGUUUCAGGUCAUGAUUGACUGCUUAUAACGACUUUUCAUUACGAUAUUAUUGUGUUCUGGUUGUUUUGAGCAAUUGGCCAAAUACUGAUUAAAUGGGAAACUUUUUGUGUAAUCGGAGAUUUCUAGUGUAUAAAGUUUUUCAUAUUCUACGUAAUUUUGAAUAAACAAAUAUUUAAAAAAUCCA